GGCUAUCUUUAGAACGCUUGCCAGAACUGUCAAGUGUACAGGACUACACUUGGAGAAAUCUGCGGUUCGCCAUUAUUUGCUUUUGCAUGACAACUUUCGACUGUGUGAGCGGAUCGCCCUUUACGUCUCGUGUGUUUAUGCGCCGCGCCAUCCGGGAAACUUGGCACAACUAUAAAACGCACCUGCGGACAAGAAUAGGGACAUGUCACUACAAGCGUCAAGGUACCCAAGCGCCCAAUUGUCCGCUGCUACGGAGCGGCUGAAGAAAGUCGUUGCAAGCUAUGAAGCUCAUGAGAAAAAUCCUUCGUCUGCUCUCAUACGGUCAGCCUAUGCUGCAACGGACGACGUGGAAUCGUAUGGGCGCGCACUGACUGGGCUCACUGAAAACACCACACAUAUUGUCGAUGAUCGUCUGGUUCGUUCGUUGAAGACCUCUUUUAGAGAUGCAGUUGGAAGGGCGGAUGCAGCUCUACGACGAGAAUUAGAUAAAUUGGUGAACAUUGUGCUGGACGAAGUUCGCUUUGUAUAUGAGGCAGAUGGAGCAGACGAUGCAAAUUCUGAUGAUUUAGGUGAAGGUGCUGUAGAAUCAUGCCGACAAGCUCUGCAAGAGAUUGCUCAUCGAAUGGACCUUGUUGGAGGACUCGACGCUCUGUUGAAUGACUUUAUCACUACAACUUUCCGUAAUGACGUCCAUGAUACAUAUUUGGGCAUGAUCGAAACUGCGAACGCCGCAACAGAGGACCGUUUAAGCGCAAGGAUUCAGCGUGUAACCAAUAAGCUUGAAGUAACGCAGUCCACCACUUCUCAGCCUUCAGCAACCGCUCCCCGUCCCCAUCCAGUUUCGGCACCUCAGAGGACUGCGACACAGGUUAAGACAAAUCCGUCACCACCACCCGUUGUUCCUCGACCCGCGGCAGAUACUGCGGUGUCACGACCAUAUUCUGCCUCAGAAGCUGUGCCGCCACCGCAGCCGCCACCACUGACGAAGCCCCGACCAAAAAGCAUCGCCGUUAAUCAGGGCCCCUCUACUACUUCGCGUCUGCCUCCGCCGAUCGAGCGAUCACCGGUUGCAAAGUCCCGUCAGUCACUAACGGACUUGACGCCAGAUGAGGCCGAAGAAAUGGACGUGGAAGAGACCGAGGGUGGAAAUCCGCCAGGGGACGGCCGUACGGGAUUUGUAUCCAACCUUAAUCGUAUGCUUUCGGGACCCCCGCCAAAAUUCAACCGUCCUGCUGUUCAAUACUCAGCGCAAGAUGAAGCCGGGAGUGACGAUGAUCAGUAUAACCCUCGUUCCCUGACGCGAGAAGUGACUCAGGAGCCUCAAGACGUGCAGUCAGAACAGGACUAUCCACAGAUGGAGGAUGAACCCGCAGAAACACAUGCAAUACCGCCUGCUGCAGUUGUGCCUGGCCAGCAGCCGCCAGCAGCGCCUGCACGGGUUCCAACUGUGACUUCCAUGCCAGAACAGAGCCUGGCGCCGCCCCAGCAGAUGAGCUCAUCUGUGUCUGACCAGAAUGUCGCCGGGAAGGAAAAGGACAAACAUAAGGGGCAAAAGUCACCAAAGAUGGGGAUUCGCGGUAUGCUCAGUCACUUGACAAAGUCCAGACCAAAGAAAGGCAAAAAGAGCGGAAAGGAUGACGAGACCGGAGAGCAUGAGCCUCACGCUUCGGAAUCUACGGAGCCUUCGCACCCUUCUGAGGAGGCAGGCGCAGAAGUGGAUCAUCCACCCGUUGCAGUCCCUCCUCGCCCAGCAGCACGGCCUCCUGUACAAGCCCGUGAAGAAGAGCCAUAUGAAGACUCUACGCGCGGACAUGAGAAAUCACAGAGUUCCACAAGUUCCCGAUCUUCCAAGCCGACCCAUAGCCGACCUGGGUCUAUCGGUGCUAGUCUACCUGGCGUUACAGACCAGAUUGCUCAAUCUGGAGAACAACACGCUAGCGAUGACGGGUACACCGAAGCUCCGGCAGGAGGUCCAGAGAGACCUCCAGCUGUACCCUCAAGGCCUAAAAAGCCUCAGGGCAAUUCUGCCAUGAGCGCGCUCGCUUCUGUGAUGCGAGGCAACCAAAAGACUGGCGAUGAGACGGCUUCAGAAGCAGAUGAGACUGCUAGCAUUGCAAGUGGCCGAGGGAAUCGGAUGAGUAUGUAUUCUGAUUCCGGCGCCAGUGCUGGCCGUCCGACGAGCAUGUAUUCCGAAGCCGGAGACCGUCGCAGUGUCCAUCAGGAUACACCGUCAGAGGAAUCCAUCGGUCGAUUUCCACCGCGAGUAGCUCCUUCCACCCCCAUUAGGAGAGGUACCUACGACGAGCCACAAUCCCCAGGCUCGCCUCCGGUCGGGACGAUUGAACCUCCAGCACCAGUCCCACGCCGCCCACCAAGGCCAGUUCCUUCACAUAGCCCAAUGCGGAAGAGCACGGCAGAUGACCAUAGUCCAUCGCCACCCCUUCCUAAUGUGCCUCCCAAACCGGGCGCUACCCGUAAGAGUACGCACUUUGACGAGGUUCCGGCUGAGGUACGACCGAUGCCACCGGGCACUGCUCAACGACCUACCUCAAUGGCGAGUGAGCGUCCAAUGUCUGUGGUGUCAACGGUUUCGGCUACGGAUUCCGUUCCUGGCCAUGAAGAACCGUCUUCGACGGCAGUUGAGGAUCACGGGGAGGCUCCUUCUCCCAAACCGCGGAGAAUUCCUGGCCUCUUUGCUACCAACCAUGGGGCCCUGGGAGCGUUGGCCGCUGCGGUCACUGGGAGGAGCGGACCGCCAGCAUUUCCACGGUCACUGUCACAGGAUGACCAUAUUGCUGAAGAACAUGUAGCGGACGGUGCUGGUACGCCGCCUCCGGAAGAAGUGCUCCCAGCUCCGCUUCAGACUCGUCCAGGGGACCAGGAUACACAGGCUGAACCGGCUGUGGUAUCUCCGACCACACGUCGAGUAGCAGCUGCGGGCCGUUCUCCGUCUCAUACAGAUUUAUUUAACGGCCCAGCGCUGAACUUUAAGCGAAAGGAAUCGAGUGUUAGUGGAGAUGACAAGGCCAUUGAAAAGGGCGGUCUGGAAUGGUUGAACAAGCACCUAGUCGCACAUGACAUCCAAGUUGAUAACCUAUACUCUGCACUUGGGAAUGGAUUAAAUCUGAUUUAUGCACUAGAGGACUGCACGGGCGAGUCUGUUGGGAAGUACAAUAAGCGCGCCAUGUUGCCUGUCCAUAAAAUCGAUAACAUUGCGGUAGCACUCAAUUUCUUGACCAAGAAGGGAAUAUCGACUGGUUUCUGUUCUCCUCAAGAUAUCAUGGACGGCGAUCGAGGCAAGAUCCUAACGCUGUUCAACUAUAUAUUGAAAACCUUUCCUGCGUAGUUGGCAAGUUUUCGGAAUCGGCAUGAGAGAUGGAGGCGUGACAAUAUUUUGAAAAAAGUGAUGGGCGCUUUUAGCGAUAUCAGCAUACAUGAGCUGCGAGAUGAUUGAUUGGAGACUAGGGCCAUUCUGCUGCAUGGGCGAGGCUGUGAAGAUGUAAAAUGAAUGGGGUCAAUAUAAGCAUUGGAAUUGCGCUCGCAUUGCGCUCUUUUUGCCACUG